GAACAGAGUCAAGCGUUGCUUGUAUUCGAGCAGAGACGCCGCGAAAUUACGAGUGCGCUGAGAAAUUUGUGCGAGAAUGAUAUGAAAGAAAUAUUUCUACGCCCGCUGCUGACUCACUUGGGCAUCUUGGAAGACUACGAAUGCGUGGGAGAUGGCGGACGCUGGGAGAUCCACGUCGUUGGCGCAGACACCGAGCUUGGACAGCAGUACCGACGCGGCAUCGUGGAGUAUUUCGGCAUGAACAACGUGGGCGAUUUUCCAACGCACGUGAAUCGAACGGUGGCUGAUCUGCAGGACGCGAAUGUAGACAGAGCAUUCCGCGCUGGAGUUUGCGACUUUGUAGCAUUAGUGGAGGAGGCCCGCUUGCACGCGCCCGUCGUCGACGCUGGGGGGUCUGUUUUGGUGCGGGAGCCACUCGAGGACUUCUUCACUCUG